AUGCAUCUAAUAUUGAUGGUCUUAGCCGUUCUAGGAUAGUGUAAAUUAAACACAAAACCUCACUAGAAUCAUUUCGAGAAUAUAUUCUAUUAUGAAGAUGAUUAUUACAAAAAUCAUCUGCGUGUAUCCAAAGUUUAUUGGAAUGCCAAUUUCAAUAAGCGUCUAAAAGAUGUGGACCCCAGAUAUUUAUAUUACAAGGAUGGAGACAUCAAAAGAUAUACAAAAUAUGAUAAAAUAGGAAGAGGAGCAUUUUCUUAAGUUUUCAUAGGACUUCGAGAUGAUGGGGAGGCAGUGGUAAUGAAAGAACUAAAACCAAUGAAAUGGCAGGCAAUCAAUAGAGAAAUUCAAGUGUUGAAAGCUAUAAAGGGGACAACAAAUACAUUGUAGUUGAUAGAUGCUAUUAGAAAUCAAAAUAAGAAACAGAAUGCUACUUUUAUUUAUUAAUAUUUAAGUAGUGUGAAUUUACUUCACCUAUUUGGAAAACUAGAAUUACCAAAGAUAUAAUUAUACAUGUACUAAUUGCUAAAAGCUCUAAAUUAAGUACAUAGUAAGGGAGUAAUGCAUAGAGAUGUCAAAAUGGCGAAUAUCAUUAUUAAAGAAGAUGAUACACUCUACUUAAUUGAUUGGGGCUUGGGAGAGUUCUACCAUCCAAAAAAGAGAUAUAACACUAGAGUAGGAACUCGCUAUUACAAAGCUCCAGAAUUGUUAGUCAAUAAUAAACAAUACGAUUACAGUGUUGAUAUGUGGGCCUUUGGUUGUACAUUAGCAAGCAUGAUAUUUCAAAAGUAACCUUUAUUCAAAGGCAAAGAUGUCUAUGAAUAACUAGAUAAGAUUGUUGCAGUUUUGGGAACUGAGGAUCUCCUUAAAUAUUUGGAAAAGUAUGAUCUUGUCUACCCUGAUCCACCCAUUCACACUUAACAGCCUUUUACUAUUUAUAUAGAUCCUGAGAAUGCGCAUUUAGUUACAAAGGAAGGCUUGGAUCUGAUAAGCAAAUUGUUGAUUUAUGAUCAUAAAUUAAGACUUACAGCAGAAGAGGCUAUGGCACAUUCUUUUUUUGAUGGUGUUCGAAUGUGA